AUGUCAAAACCAAAUGUAUUAAUUCUUGGAGGUGUAGGUUUCAUUGGUAGAAAUUUAGUUCAAUAUUUAGUUGAACAAAAAUGUUGUAAUAAAAUUCGUGUUGCAGAUAAAGUUUUACCAGCAACUGCCUUUUUAGGUGCUAAGCACCUCGAGGCUUUUGCUGAUCCAUCAGUAGAAUAUAUGCAAGGUAAUUUAGCCAGUGCUGCUUCAAUCACCAAAUGCUUCACAUUAGAAGGUGGAAAAUUCAACAUUGUCUUCAAUUUAGCCGGUGAAACUAAAUAUGGUCAAACUGAUGCCGUCUAUAAUGAAAAAGUUUAUGAUGUCUCUGUCAAAUGUGCCACUGAAGCCGCCAAAGUUGGUGUUGAUAAAUUCAUUGAAGUUUCAACUGCUCAAAUUUACAGUUCAAAUAAAAAACCAUCAAAAGAAGGUGAUAAAACUGAUCCAUGGACACUCAUUGCCUCUCAUAAACUUAAAGCUGAAAAAGCUUUAAAAGAAAUUAAUGGAUUAAAUUUAAUUAUUGUUCGUCCAUCAGUUGUUUAUGGUCCAGGUGAUAUUUUAGGUAUUUCACCAAGAAUUAUCACUGGUGCAGUUUAUAAACAUACAAAUGAAAAGAUGAAAUUCCUUUGGGAUGGUGACUUGAAAUAUAACACUGUUCACGUCAAUGAUGUCUGUAAAGCAUUAUGGUUCCUUUCUCAAAAUGGUAAAGUUGGUGAUGUUUACAAUCUUUCCGAUAAAGGUGACACUGAUGCACAAACCAUCAGCAAGAUCUUAGAGAAAAUCUUUGCAAUCAAAACUGGUUUCGUUGGUAACAUGUUAUCAAAUGUUGCUUCCCUUAAAAUGAAAGAUGUUUGCGAAGAGGUCAAUGAUAAACAUCUCAAACCAUGGUCUGAUCUUUGCAAAGAUAAAGGUAUCUCAAACACUCCAUUAACUCCAUAUAUUGAUCAAGAGUUAUUAUCAAAUACCCAUCUCUCUGUUGAUGGUACCGCCAUUGAAGGACUUGGUUUCAAAUACGAUAAUCCAGAAAUCACUGAAGCCCUCGUUAGAGAACAAAUCGAUUAUUUUAUCAAUCAAAAUUUAUUCCCAAAGUUUUAA